UCCAAAAUAAUAAGAAGAAGAAAAUCCAACAUGGCGGCGCCCUGCAGCAGCAUUUGACUUAUGUCAGAAUAACAGCUUACAUCUUUAAAACUCUGCAAGAAUUACUAAUAUGUUACCGGAAACGGCUCAGUGUUUGAAAGCGGUGGCUCCGCUGUUUUCUCAAACCGUUCUCCUGAAGGACUUGUCCCGGUUGUCCACACAUGGAGGAGGUAGCCACCUUCAGGCCCGGAGACACCUCUCCAUCAGUCACUGUCUGACAGCCAAGGCCCGGCCUGUGCGCACUCCCCGGGAGAGGGUGGACAUCCCCGGGCUGGAGGCAGUCACCUACGGGGAAAAGAUGCAUUAUGUGCCGGGACUGUCAAAGCCCGCCCUGCCACAGUGGGAGAGGAGCUACAAGGACCCGAGAUAUUACCGGUCCCCCCCGGCUCACGAGAUGCCGCUGUUCAAAGACAAGCCGUGCUUUGUGUACAACCAGAGGACCAGCGCUCUGGAAGGGGUGCGUCAGGCUCUGUGGUUGACCAAAACCAAAUUGAUCUCCAGUCUGCCGCCUCAGCUCCUCUCUCUGUCAGAGAGUCCUGCCAAUCAGAUUCCCGAUCAGGAUGAACGCGUGCAGAACGCCAUCAAACACGCCCGCUUCUGGGACACCAUGGAGGAGCGCCCCGGCAAAGAGAGAUACAGCAACACUAUGAUGGUCAACCUGCUCCACCUGUGUGCGACUCUACAGAGCAACCACCCAGCCAUUGGACGCAGGAUCCUCGCUGAGAAAUGCUCACUGGCAACUACAUGGAAAAGAGGAGAGGACCUGUUCCAGAUAAGAGGUCAGAACGGUUUGUUGCACACCUGCAUGGAGCCUCUCCCAGAGGUUUCUGGGAAACAGGAAGUCAGCGACACCGCAGAUCAUGUCCUGGAAACAUUCUAUCCUGUCUCCCCCACCAUCAACCUGCAGAAGGUGAACGUGUACAAGGAGGAGAUGAACUGCUCAGGUUUCAGGGAUGAAUACCCAUACCCCCAUGCCCACACACUUUACUUCCUGGAGGGAGCUGAUGCUAUGUGUAAGCUACGUCCAGAUCAGUUCAGAGCCAAGAUGUUGAUGUUUACCUUUGGAACUGCUCUGGUCCGUGCUCAAAAACUGUAUGGGCCCCAGCGUGUAUUAGAUCACCCUGUAACCGUACAGGCUGUGGGGACCAACGGUAGAAUCUUCCAGUUUAUGGUUUUCCAGCUCAACACCACAGAUCUCUCAGGAGAUGACGGCAUCAAGAACCAGGUGUGGCUGGAGGAAGAUGUCGAGCUCUAUGAUUUUGCAAAAGUCAGACCGUUCAUCAAAAGGAAGCAAGUGAAGGUACCAGCUGGUCUGGCAGGAUACAAGCCUGAAACCUUCAGCAAGUUCCUGUCCCUGUACCUGCACGGGGCAGUGUAGGACUACAGGCAGUCCCUGUUGGUGUGUGUUUGUUGGACGAACUCUUAGCAGUGAGUCAUAUGUCAAGUGUGUGUGUUUCUAUGUUUUACCAAACAAAUCCUCCUUUCUCUUUCAAACAGUCAAUAAUCUGGUUCACAACAUUUUACCAUGUUUUUUUUUCUCUCACUGACUCCAUCCCUCUGUGAGAACUCACUCAAUAAAAAGCUCUGAAUAUGUUC